AUGUCUUUAACUCCCUCAUUUCGGCUGUUGGAUGAACAAGAACUUCAGGCGCAGCACGAGAGCGAUUUUAUAUUUGUCGCGCAGAGGCGGGCGUUCACUGCCUUUCUAAACUCUUUUGGUAAGAGUGUAACCAAACGACCCGUUCGUCUACGCUUCGCGCCUUAUUCUGUUGCGUUGAAUACAUUCCAUGGAGAUAAUCCAAGUAACAAUAAACAAGGACGUGAUUUCUGUGUGUCGUCUACACAAUCUAAAAGUGUGAAUCCCAAUCUAUCUCUUCCCUCUGAUACAGUUUUUCCUGUAUUCAGUAAGGAUAAUGGGAAUGCACGCGACACGUUAUCGCAGACUACCAAAAUAAACACAAAGCCCGUCCUCGGUUCACUAUCGACAGCUUCGAACCCAGAGAUCCAAUUUUUUACAGCCACAUCACCGGAGCUAGAGCACCCCGUAAACAAACAAAUACAACUUGUACUUCGAUUAAAAUGGACAUUUUUUCCAAUGUUUAUAUAA